GUGAUUCCGCGCGGGUCUAGGUUUAGCGCUCGCACUUUUCUUCGUGCAACGGCAGCACCCACGAGAAGGCACGAGACCCUCCGCAUCGUCACUCUGGCCGGAACCAACUCGACGUGACUCCAUUCUCACCUUGAAUCUGACUCUGGAAUACCUAAUUCUUCGCCUCUCUCUUUCAAAUUGUUUGAAUCAGUGUUUGGUCGUUCCGCGCUUUUCCGCUGAAGUGGGUUUUGAAUCGAUUCCGCGGUUGCUCCGGUUUCGAGCUCGGAUUCUGUGCGGUUGGAAAUUGGACGACUCGCUCGCUCUGUUGGUCCUCUCUGUCUACCCGUUGUGAAGAGUGCUCUUGGGUCUGGGUCUAAUGGCUGAUGAUCAAAUUGAUUUUGAGGAUGAGGAAUAUGGAGGGGCUCAAAAGUUGCACUUCCAGGGAAAUGGUGCCAUUCCUGCUCUUGCGGAGGAAGAAAUGGGGGAUGACGAUGAAUAUGAUGAUCUUUAUAAUGAUGUGAAUGUUGGUGAGAAUUUCCAACAGAUGCAUCGAUCUGAACCACCGGCUCCCCCUGCUAACACGAACAAUGGGGCAUUCCAAACUUCUAAUGCUCCCGAAUCAAGAGUCCAGGCACCAGCCGGGGGUGUUGGUGUGCAAGGGGUAAACAUACCUGGAGUUGUUGCUGAAGGGAAAUACUCCAAUCCUCCGGCACAGUUUCAAGAGAAAAAAGAAGUUCCCGAUAUAAUCAAGGGACCAGAAAAUGGUUCAGCGGGGUACCCGGAUUCAUCUGCUUCAAAUAAAGGUAAGGUCUUGGAGAUGGCACAUGAUACACAAGUUCGUAGUAUGGGAUUUCAAGGAGCAGCAUCGAUAUCAUCCAAUAUGGGGGUUAAUCCUUCUGAUACAGCUAGAAAGGUUCCCAUUGAACCGCAACAUUUGCCAAGUACUGGAACAGGUAGUCUGACAAAUGUUCCACAGAUUCCAGCUAAUCCUAUGAACAUGAACAUGGAUACCAAUAUCAUAAGUGGAAAUCAGAUCAGGCCUCCUGUAGACAAUGGUGCAACUAUGCUGUUUGUUGGAGAAUUGCAUUGGUGGACAACUGAUGCAGAGCUUGAAAGUGUUUGUUCUCAGUAUGGAAGAGUCAAGGAGAUUAAGUUCUAUGACGAAAGAGCUAGUGGUAAGUCAAAGGGUUACUGCCAAGUUGAAUUUUAUGAGGCAGUCUCUGCUGCUGCUUGCAAAGAGGGAAUGAACGGAUUUAUGUUCAAUGGCCGAGCAUGUGUUGUGGCCUUUGCUUCUCCACAAACAAUGAAGCAAAUGGCAGCUUCUUACAUGAACAAGAAUGACAAUCAGCCUCAGGCACAGACACAGGCAAGGAGGCCUAUGAAUGAUGGUGCUGGAAGGGGCGGUGCUAUGAAUAAUUAUCCAGUUGGAGAUGGUGGGAGAAACUUCGGAAGGGGUGGGUGGGGACGUGGUGCACCAGGUGUUCUCAACAAAGCUCCUGGGGUUGGAGGUCCAAUUAGGGGAAGAGGAGGCAUGGGUGCUAAGAGUAUGAUGGGAGGUGGUGCUGGUGUUGGAGGCGGCAUGAAUGGGGGAGGCUAUGGACCGGGCCUUGGUGGUCCUGCAUUUGGUGGUCCUGGUGCUGGAAUGAUGCCUCCACAGGCAAUGAUGGGAGCUGGAUUCGAUCCAACAUACAUGGGUAGAGGGGCUGGCUAUGGAGGAUUUGGAGGAGGUCCUGGCUUUCCGGGCAUGCUUCCUCAAUUUCCAUCUGUUAACACAAUGGGACUUGCAGGGGUGGCUCCUCAUGUCAACCCAGCAUUCUUUGGUCGUGGUAUGGCUCCUAAUGCUAUGGGGAUGAUGGGUGGUACCUCAGGAAUGGAAGGACCGGGCAUGGGAAUGUGGUCUGAGACCGGCAUGGGUGGAUGGGGAGAAGAGCAUGGAAGAAAGACUAGAGAAUCAAGUUAUGGUGCUGAAGAUGGUGCCUCUGACUAUGGUUAUGGAGAGGCAAGUCAUGAAAAGAAUGGACGCUCAAGUGCUGCCUCUCGGGAGAAAGAGAGACCUUCUGGUCGUGACUGGUCGGGGACGUCUGAUAGGGGGCACCGUGAGGAGAGGGAGCAGGACUGGGACAGAUCUGAAAGGGAUCAUCGGGAGCCCCGUCACAAGGAGGAAAAGGAUGGCUAUAGAGAUCACCGAAAGAGAGAACGCGACUCAGGUUAUGAUGAUGACUGGGAUAGGAACAAGGCUUCUUCUAGGCAUCAGAGCAGGUCACGGGCAGUGCCUGAAGAAGAUCACAGGUCAAGGUCACGUGAUACGGAUUAUGGAAAGAGGAGACGUCAGCCAUCAGAGUGAUACAAUUUGACUAUGCCUUUACAUGUGGACUUAUUUUCUGUCCUCUUGGGUCGCGGAACCAGAACAGCAGCCCUUGCAGUUUCUACUUUGACCUAAACUGCAGAAAGUGACCUCUUGGGGGAAGAAGGAGUGCAGUGGACUACUCCUAUUUUUUCAAUGAUUGAAUUCAACUGUAAUGGUUGCUUGGAGGAAGAUGUGUUAGAUGGCUGUCUUCACUGGAUUCCUCCCUUAGUAGUAGUUUGUUUUUGCAAAGGUUUCGAAAGAAGCCACAAUUGUCAUUGGCUCAUGACGACCUGGUGUCGUUUUUUUUAUGUAAAUCACCAUUGUCUCUCUCGAAACGUGUAAAUUUGGUCCUUGGCAUGUAAGUGGCCUCUUUUGAUAGCAUCUUUGUUCUGUAUUUUGCCCUGUGAGUCAGCUUUUAUUGCUGCAAGGUCCAUAUUUGUACAUGACGAACCCCCUUGUAAUUUGCCUUAUGUAAUCUGUUAUACCCUAGAAGAGCCGGAGUAGAGGCCGCAAAUAGUUCAUAGUGACUUCCUUAUGUAAUCUUGUCACUACAAGUCACAAACACAGAUGAGGAGUCACUGAGGACUUGUCAUUUGCAUGUAAAUAACUUUUAGCAUAGCUCAGACUCAUUCUUUUAGGAGUAUUCAGAAGUGCAGGCUGCUGCUUGCAGAUGGCUGGGACUGAACAAAUUUCGUUGUCCUGAGGUCAUAUUAUGCAUGUCGAUUUCUGUAUCGGCACCUAGAAAGGUAUCGGUUGUAUCGUAUAUAGCAAUUCUUUGUACAGAUCUUUAGUUUGUAACUUGCAAGAGAUUUGUAGAUUUCUUCCAUUGAUUCGGGACAUUGUAGAGAAUCUGAUACAGUGUCUGAUAGGAAGCUUCUUUGCGGAUUUUGUACUCAGGUAGUUCGUUUCUCUUGUGUGAAGUGCACAAUUGUACAAUUUUCUUGCGACCUUGUUAUUCUCUUGGUUACUAUCUGUAC